AUGGUUUCUCUCGCUGCUACUGCUGGUCUGGCGGCCACUGGCCUCCUUAAUGGUUACUGGGGACAAUACAGCACCCUAGAGGGCAUUCGAACACACUGUGACAGCGGUGUUGAUUCAAUCACGCUGGGCUUUGUCAACAAUGCCCCCGAUGCCAUCGAUGCCUCUGGUUAUCCUGGUACUAACUUUGGACCCAACUGCUGGGGAGUCUAUCUUGGCGAUAACGAUGUGCCCUCAAACCUGUUGAGCCACUGCACAUCUCUUCAAAACGAUAUCCCCUACUGCAGGGCCAAAGGCGUCAAGGUCAUUCUGAGUAUUGGAGGAGUCUACAACUCGUUGACCUCCAACUAUUAUGUUCCGGAUAAUUCCACUGGUACCGAAUUUGCCACGUUCCUUUACAAUGCUUUUGGUCCCUACAACUCUACCUGGACGGGCCCUCGCCCUUUUGACGCGAGUCCCGACGAUCAUACCUCUGUGGAUGGCUUUGAUUUUGAUAUCGAGGUCAAUUUUCCAAAUGCACCCUAUAUCGAAAUGGUCAAUACGUUCCGUUCUCUUGACUCUUCAUUGAUCAUUACCGCUGCCCCUCAAUGCCCUACUGAUCCUCAGUACUUUUACCUGAAGGACCUGAUCACGCAGGCUGCCUUUGACAAGCUCUUCAUCCAAUUCUACAACAACCCGGCGUGUGAUGCUAUCGCUGGUAACUCCCCCGGCGACAAGUUCAACUAUGACGACUGGGAAACCGUGAUUGCCAACAGCGCCAAGAGCAAGUCGGCUAAGCUGUACAUUGGUCUUCCUGCCAUCCAGGAGCCCAACGAAAGUGGCUACAUUGACCCUAAUGCGCUGAAGAACCUGGUCUGUCAGUACCAGGGCAGAACGCACUUUGGUGGUAUUUCUCUGUGGGAUCUGUCUCGUGGUCUUGUCAACAAUGUCAAUGGAACGUCCUAUAACCAGUGGGCUUUGGAGGCGCUCCAGGCUGGAUGCAACCCCUAUCCUGGCUCCACUACCUCGUCAACCACGGUUGUGAGCACCACUACUUCCAAGGCCUCGUCCACGACUUCCAAGGCAUCCACCACGACUUCUAGCGCAUCGUCAACAACCUCCAAGGCAUCGUCAACAACCUCCAAGGCAUCGUCUACGACCUCCAAGGCAUCGUCUACGACCUCCAAGGCAUCGUCUACGACCUCCAAGGCAUCGUCUACGACCUCCAAGGCAUCGUCUACGACCUCCAAGGCUUCGUCUACGACCUCCAAGGCUUCGUCUACGACUUCUAAGGCCUCAACUACCUCCAAGGCUUCGACUACUUCUAAGGCGAGCUCUACUUCCAAGGCAAGCUCUACUUCCAAGGCAGGCUCUACUUCCAAAGUGAGCACGACUUCCAAAGCGUCUACAACCUCAAAGGCAUCGACCACUUCCAAGGCUUCGACCACUUCCAAGGCGAGCUCUACUUCCAAAGUGAGCACAACUUCCAAGGCGUCUACUACGUCAAAGGCCUCUACAACCUCAAAGGCAUCGACCACUUCCAAGGCGUCGACCACUUCCAAGGCAUCGACCACUUCCAAGGCAUCGACCACUUCCAAGGCAUCGACUACUUCCAAGGCUUCAACUACUUCCAAGGCUUCAACUACUUCUAAGGCAUCAACCACUUCAAAGGCAAGCACUACUUCCAAGGCAUCUACAACUUCGAAGGCAUCCACAACCUCGAAGGCGAGCACUACCUCGAAAGUAAGCACUACUACGACGUCAAAGGCGUCUACUACAUCAAAGGCUAGCACUACUUCGAAAGCGAGCACGACUUCCAAGGCCAGCACCACGUCGAAAGCCAGCACCACAUCUAAGCCAAGCACGACCUUGAAGACAAGCACGACUUCGAAAGCGAGCACAACCUCGAAAGCAAGCACUACUUCGAAAGCGUCUACGACGUCAAAGGCUUCGACUACGUCAAAAGCAAGCAGCACGUCAAAGGCAAGCAGCACGACGAAGGCCAGCACUACAAAGGUGAGCUCCACUUCAAAGGCCAGCGCCACUUCAAAGGCCAGCGUCACCUCCAAAAUAAGCACCACCUCUAAGACGAGUUCCACUUCCAAAGCGAGCUCUACGUCGAAACCGAGCACCUCGUCAAAAGUAAGCACCACGUCAAAAGUAAGCACCACGUCAAAAGCAAGCACUACAUCCAAGGCCUCAACCUCGACCUCGAAGGCCUCGACAAUCUCAAAGCCAAGCACGACGUCUAAGCCCGCUACUUCCACAAAGCCUUCAACUUCCGCAAAGCCUUCAACUUCAACCUCAGCCAAGCCUUCAACUUCAGCAAAGCCCACCUCUUCCAUUACAUCUGCGAGGCCAACAACAUCCUCGGCGUCGGCUUCGAGUCUGCCCCCGUUGUCGAACGUGGACAAAGGCGUGACCACCUCGAGCGCAAUCCCGAGCUCUUCUAGUUCGGUCGUUGUUUUGCAUCCCACAACAACCAACCGAUGGUCUAACUCAUCGAUUGCCUUGACAUCUGCUCGCAACCCUGCCACAACGACUUCUGACUCUGCAUCCGUUUCAUUGACGACAAGUGUUGUAUAUACUACAUCUGUGCACACUGUUACAAAGUGCCCACCCUACGUUGUCAACUGCCCGGCGGGAGGCUACGUAACUACAGAGACGAUUGCACUAUACACCACCGUCUGCCCUGUUAGCGAUGCAACCAAGACUCCCGAGGCUACGGCAACCAAGGAGGGUUCCCAACCUGAGGCAACUAGCAGUCCCGUUGGACUCGGUGGUGCUGGCGACUUCCCACAAGUCACAGCAAUUGGACAGCCUUCCGGACCAGUUGUUGAGGCUGCCGUUCCUACUGGUGCCGCUAGUUCCAGCGGUCUUCAAACGCUUGUCAGGCCCGUCACCUCCGCUGGGGCUCCUCAGGGCUCUUUCGGCGAGAGCAGUGCUUUCUCCAGCUCCCUAAGCCAGCCAACCAUUCCCGUUGGCGCGGGCUCGCCUUACCCUAGCGGUGGCUCUGGCAGCGGCUCUGGCGGCGCAUCGCCCUCUGGAAGCUGGAGCGGCGUUCCCUCUGGACCUUCUUCGAUCCCUAGCAUUCCCGGAGCGAACAGUGCUUCUAUGAUGAGUGCUAGCUUGGUUGGUCUGGCAAUAGUUUUGGCGGUGCAGAUUGUUUUGUAAGGUACAGGCUCAUGGAAGUUUGAGGCCUUUUGGUUUAUGCGUCUUUUAUGGGAGCCAACUUUUCUUCUUUUUACAAAGAUUUGUCAUUCUCUGCCUUGUCCAAUUACAGGCUGGGGAGGCAAUUACUAUUUACUGUCUACUUUUUCUUUUUUAUGUCGAUACGGUCUUGGAUAAAUGUAGGGCUUGCUGUGUACUUUAGCUUAUGACGAUAAUUUUGCAAGCCACUCACGGAGCAUAUCCGGGUUGAAAAUGUUAGUAUAUUAAUAUUCAUUCUGAUGGCUCUAGAG